AUGUCUCUCGGUAAACUUACACAUUACGGCGUCGAUUUGGUACUCAUUUCCAUCAUUUUGGCCGGUAUCCAUCGCAACACAGGUCUUGUGUUCGAUACUUCCCACUUUAGUUCUGUGGAUGUGCGCAACUGGUUCGGCAAGUACUUGGCGUUUGGCGAAAUGUGCUACGAUAGAACUGUUUCUCUAUUAAGAGUCAGUGGCUACUUCAGACAGAGAAACUUGGUUGUGGACAAUCUUCUAGACAAGGGCAAGAGCUACUUGAAGAAGCAGACCGGCCGCGAUCUUGAUGACUUCAAGAACAUGUAA